UUUGUUGGAAAAACGCCACUGAAGAUUGUUGACCAGCGUAGCAUAAACGCUGCAUGGGCAACGUUUAGCUCCAUCAAGUUCCCCUCCCUGUCACAUCCACCGAACAUGUAUACACCUUGGUCGGUUGGCAAAAGGGCUGUUGCAUCGCAGCAGGCUUUGAAUUACAGUUGAAAAAUGUUCACCGUCGGUGCGUUUUUGGUUCCCGUGCUUGGUCACUUUCUGUUCGCUGCUCGACUAGUACGGUCGUGUUCUGUCUGGUGCUGGUGCUAGUGUGCAAAGUAGAAGAUACGAGUGACCCAAGUGACGCCAUUGUGUGGAAGAAACUAGCAAGUGUCGCUAAAUUACGGGACGGUUAGAAUCUGCGUGUGUGCGCUCUAUCUUUUUGUCCCCUCAGUUCUUGGGCGCACAGCUUCGCGUUUGCCGAACGUUUUCCAACUAGCGCGAGUCAAAUUGCAUCGUAUCGGGACCGGUAGUGGGUUCCACCAGCGACAACUGUUGCUCCACGACCACGACAGAUUUUUGCUCUUUCUGUACGACGGGGAACAAAAAUCGAGCCUGAAAAUGCCGAACAAGUCCCACCACAGCUCGCGCGCGACGUUUCGCCGGCCGGCACAGGGCGAUAGGGAAAUAAACGCGCCGGGGCAGCAAAACGACGGUUCGCAGCCGUCGGGGACGGCGGUGCAGUUGCCAACGCUGGGGACGAAUUUGGAUUCGCGAUCGCCGGUGCCAUCGACGAGCGGUACGCCAUCAGCAGGUAUCAGCAUGGAUCCCUGUCAUGAAGCAGUCUACGUUGCGGAUUCGGACUCGGAAUCUGAGGGGGAACCGAUGAAACUCCACGUUCCGCCAUCGGCGCCUAAGACGAGUUUCCCGUUGGCAGCCGAACAGGAUCCGGUCAUGUCGUUGGCUUUUGCUAGCAGUGAUGAGUAUUUCUCCAAUACACUGGGGAAACUACCGAGUUUAAGCCGAACGUACCACUGUAGCAAACCACCAUGGAUGGUCAUUACGGAUAAGCCACAGGGGCCGCUGCUAGACGAUGGCGAUAAGAACUGGAUGUGGAAGCAAUACGACGAAUUGUCGACAUCGGAGACGGUUUCGCCAACGCUUAAAACGGUUGAGCCAGCGCAGGAGAUGUUUGAUGAUACAUCGGAAAUAGUUGAACCCAAAGUUGAGCCUACGUCGGAGAACAUUGAGGCAGGCAUGGUUGAGUGUAAGUCGGAGAUGUUUGAUGAUACAUCAGUAAUAUUUGAGCAUACAGUUGAGCCUAUAUCGGAGACUAUUGAGCCGGAGAUGGCUGUGUCUGAAUCAGAGAUGUUUGAUGAUACAUCAGAAAUAGUUGAGCAUACAGUUGAGCCUAUGUCGAAGACUAUUGAGCCGGAGAUGGCUAUGUCUGAAUCGGAGAUGUUUGAUGAUACAUCAGAAAUAAUUGAGCCCAAAGUUGAGCCUAUGUCGGAGAACAUUGAGCCAGGCAUGGUUGAGUGUAAGUCGGAGAUGUUUGAUGAUACAUCAGUAAUAUUUGAGCAUACAGUUGAGCCUAUAUCGGAGACUAUUGAGCCGGAGAUGGCUGUGUCUGAAUCAGAGAUGUUUGAUGAUACAUCAGAAAUUGUUGAGCAUACAGUUGAGCCUAUGUCGAAGACUAUUGACCCGGAGAUGGCUAUGUCUGAAUCGGAGAUGUUUGAUGAUACAUCAGAAAUAGUUGAGCCCAAAGUUGAGCCUAUGUCGGAGAACAUUGAGGCAGGCAUGGUUGAGUGUAAGUCGGAGAUGUUUGAUGAUACAUCAGUAAUAUUUGAGCAUACAGUUGAGCCUAUAUCGGAGACUAUUGAGCCGGAGAUGGCUGUGUCUGAAUCAGAGAUGUUUGAUGAUACAUCAGAAAUAGUUGAGCAUACAGUUGAGCCUAUGUCGAAGACUAUUGACCCGGAGAUGGCUAUGUCUGAAUCGGAGAUGUUUGAUGAUACAUCAGAAAUAAUUGAGCCCAAAGUUGAGCCUAUGUCGGAGAACAUUGAGCCAGGCAUGGUUGAGUGUAAGUCGGAGAUGUUUGAUGAUACAUCAGUAAUAUUUGAGCAUACAGUUGAGCCUAUAUCGAAGACUAUUGAGCCGGAGAUGGCUGUGUCUGAAUCAGAGAUGUUUGAUGAUACAUCAGAAAUAGUUGAGCAUACAGUUGAGCCUAUGUCGAAGACUAUUGAGCCGGAGAUGGCUAUGUCUGAAUCGGAGAUGUUUGAUGAUACAUCGGAAAUAGUUGAGCCCAAAGUUGAGCCUACGUCGGAGAACAUUGAGGCAGGCAUGGUUGAGUGUAAGUCGGAGAUGUUUGAUGAUACAUCAGUAAUAUUUGAGCAUACAGUUGAGCCUAUAUCGGAGACUAUUGAGCCGGAGAUGGCUGUGUCUGAAUCAGAGAUGUUUGAUGAUACAUCAGAAAUAGUUGAGCAUACAGUUGAGCCUAUGUCGAAGACUAUUGAGCCGGAGAUGGCUAUGUCUGAAUCGGAGAUGUUUGAUGAUACAUCAGAAAUAAUUGAGCCCAAAGUUGAGCCUAUGUCGGAGAACAUUGAGCCAGGCAUGGUUGAGUGUAAGUCGGAGAUGUUUGAUGAUACAUCAGUAAUAUUUGAGCAUACAGUUGAGCCUAUAUCGGAGACUAUUGAGCCGGAGAUGGCUGUGUCUGAAUCAGAGAUGUUUGAUGAUACAUCAGAAAUUGUUGAGCAUACAGUUGAGCCUAUGUCGAAGACUAUUGACCCGGAGAUGGCUAUGUCUGAAUCGGAGAUGUUUGAUGAUACAUCAGAAAUAGUUGAGCCCAAAGUUGAGCCUAUGUCGGAGAACAUUGAGGCAGGCAUGGUUGAGUGUAAGUCGGAGAUGUUUGAUGAUACAUCAGUAAUAUUUGAGCAUACAGUUGAGCCUAUAUCGGAGACUAUUGAGCCGGAGAUGGCUGUGUCUGAAUCAGAGAUGUUUGAUGAUACAUCAGAAAUAGUUGAGCAUACAGUUGAGCCUAUGUCGAAGACUAUUGAGCCGGAGAUGGCUAUGUCUGAAUCGGAGAUGUUUGAUGAUACAUCAGAAAUAAUUGAGCCCAAAGUUGAGCCUAUGUCGGAGAACAUUGAGCCAGGCAUGGUUGAGUGUAAGUCGGAGAUGUUUGAUGAUACAUCAGUAAUAUUUGAGCAUACAGUUGAGCCUAUAUCGGAGACUAUUGAGCCGGAGAUGGCUGUGUCUGAAUCAGAGAUGUUUGAUGAUACAUCAGAAAUAGUUGAGCAUACAGUUGAGCCUAUGUCGAAGACUAUUGAGCCGGAGAUGGCUAUGUCUGAAUCGGAGAUGUUUGAUGAUACAUCAGAAAUAAUUGAGCCCAAAGUUGAGCCUAUGUCGGAGAACAUUGAGCCAGGCAUGGUUGAGUGUAAGUCGGAGAUGUUUGAUGAUACAUCAGUAAUAUUUGAGCAUACAGUUGAGCCUAUGUCGGAGACUAUUGAGCCGGAGAUGGCUGUGUCUGAAUCAGAGAUGUUUGAUGAUACAUCAGAAAUAGUUGAGCAUACAGUUGAGCCUAUGUCGAAGACUAUUGAGCCGGAGAUGGCUAUGUCUGAAUCGGAGAUAUUUGAUGAUACAUCAGAAAUAAUUGAGCCCAAAGUUGAGCCUAUGUCGGAGAACAUUGAGCCAGGCAUGGUUGAGUGUAAGUCGGAGAUGUUUGAUGAUACAUCAGUAAUAUUUGAGCAUACAGUUGAGCCUAUAUCGGAGACUAUUGAGCCGGAGAUGGCUGUGUCUGAAUCAGAGAUGUUUGAUGAUACAUCAGUAAUAGUUGAGCAUACAGUUGAGCCUAUGUCGAAGACUAUUGAGCCGGAGAUGGCUAUGUCUGAAUCGGAGAUGUUUGAUGAUACAUCAGAAAUAAUUGAGCCCAAAGUUGAGCCUAUGUCGGAGAACAUUGAGCCAGGCAUGGUUGAGUGUAAGUCGGAGAUGUUUGAUGAUACAUCAGUAAUAUUUGAGCAUACAGUUGAGCCUAUAUCGGAGACUAUUGAGCCGGAGAUGGCUGUGUCUGAAUCAGAGAUGUUUGAUGAUACAUCAGAAAUAGUUGAGCAUACAGUUGAGCCUAUGUCGGAGACUAUUGAGCCGGAGAUGGCUAUGUCUGAAUCGGAGAUGUUUGAUGAUACAUCAGAAAUAAUUGAGCCCAAAGUUGAGCCUAUGUCGGAGAACAUUGAGGCAGGCAUGGUUGAGUGUAAGUCGGAGAUGUUUGAUGAUACAUCAGUAAUAUUUGAGCAUACAGUUGAGCCUAUAUCGGAGACUAUUGAGCCGGAGAUGGCUGUGUCUGAAUCAGAGAUGUUUGAUGAUACAUCAGAAACAGUUGAGCAUACAGUUGAGCCUAUGUCGGAGACUAUUGAGCCGGAGAUGGCUAUGUCUGAAUCGGAGAUGUUUGAUGAUACAUCAGAAAUAAUUGAGCCCAAAGUUGAGCCUAUGUCGGAGAACAUUGAGGCAGGCAUGGUUGAGUGUAAGUCGGAGAUGUUUGAUGAUACAUCAGUAAUAUUUGAGCAUACAGUUGAGCCUAUAUCGGAGACUAUUGAGCCGGAGAUGGCUGUGUCUGAAUCAGAGAUGUUUGAUGAUACAUCAGAAACAGUUGAGCCCAAAGUUGAGCCUAUGUCGGAGAACAUUGAGCCAGGCAUGAUUGAGUGUAAGUCGGAGAUGUUUGAUGAUACAUCAGAAAUAGUUGAGCCCAAAGUUGAGCCUAUGUCGGAGAACAUUGAGCCAGGCAUGGUUGAGUGUAAGUCGGAGAUGUUUGAUGAUACAUCAGUAAUAUUUGAGCAUACAGUUGAGCCUAUAUCGGAGACUAUUGAGCCGGAGAUGGCUGUGUCUGAAUCAGAGAUGUUUGAUGAUACAUCAGAAAUAGUUGAGCAUACAGUUGAGCCUAUGUCGAAGACUAUUGAGCCGGAGAUGGCUAUGUCUGAAUCGGAGAUGUUUGAUGAUACAUCAGAAAUAAUUGAGCCCAAAGUUGAGCCUAUGUCGGAGAACAUUGAGCCAGGCAUGGUUGAGUGUAAGUCGGAGAUGUUUGAUGAUACAUCAGAAAUUGUUGAGCAUACAGUUGAGCCUAUGUCGGAGACUAUUAAGCCGGAGAUGGCUGUGUCUGAAUCAGAGAUGUUUGAUGAUACAUCAGAAAUAGUUGAGCAUACAGUUGAGCCUAUGUCGGAGACUAUUGAGCCGGAGAUGGCUAUGUCUGAAUCGGAGAUGUUUGAUGAUACAUCAGAAACAGUUGAGCCCAUAGUUGAGCCUAUGUCGGAGAACAUUGAGCCAGUAAUGGUUGAGUGUAAGUCGGAAAUGGUUGAGCACACACCGGAAAUAGUUGACUUAACAGUUGAGCCUAUGGCAGAGAUUGCUGAGCCUAAGUGCGAGAUGUUUGAGGCAAAGCUGGAGGCAGAUGAGCCUACACAGGAGACGAUGGAGUCUACGCCUAGAACGGUUUCUCCAGCGUCGUGGCUCGUUGAGUCAAAGUUUGAGCCGUAUAUUCCACCGCUGUGGACGGGUUCUCCAGAGCAAGGGACAGAUUUGCUAACGUCGGAAACGGUUCCGCCACCACCGUUGUCAACGGUGAACGAAUUAUGCGAUGACGUAAUAUCCGUCCACGGGUCAUCGACGCGCACGGCGAACCAACCGGCCGGCCCGAUACAGCUGUCGGAGGCGGGGCGCGUACCGUGGGAUGGGCGCACGCGCCGCGUACCCCCACCGUCGGCAAAGCAACGGUUUGAAGCGAAGCUCGCCCGCAAACGCUCGCUCUCCCGCAGCCCACCGCCGCCUACGCGACGCGAAAUUGAAGUUGUGCUGCCGCUGCCGCCGCCCUCCGACGAGGAGGAAAGUGAGGCAGAGGACGAGGGACAAUCGAAACCGUAGGGGAUGUUAUCGAACAUCCGGGGGUGUUGUUACAAUACUAGAUAUUAGAGUUAGAGUAGAAACAAAUUUUCUCGAAGCGCCUCGCAAAACCACAAAACUGCGCCGGUCAUUUUCCACGAACGCCUUAGGUAGCGUUUGGGCGGCAGAUUAACUUAUUAUUGUUUUAUACUUAGACAAGCGACCACUCGCAUUAUUUAUUACUGAUGAACUAAAACACAUGUUGCCUCGCCAGGUAGAGCAAAUUGUUCGAUAGAGAGACAUAUAAAAUAAUUUUAUUAGUUCCAUAUAAUGUUACAUUCCUCCGGGUUCGUACUGUUGCUGUUGGUUGGGGUUUUUUUAAACACACUUACACCGCCAAUAUGAAUAGUAUAUAUAUAUAUAUAUAUAUAUAUAUAUGUAUAUAUAGAUGGUAUAUAGGUAUCUGUUUUCCCCCGUGCCCAAAUUUUCGGAUGAGCGCACUUUGUGCGGGCAUUCCAAUUUGAAUUCCAACUAGAAUGCGUGCUCAUUUGGGUUCGUGACUGGGGCUACGGGGGUGGGGUGUAGCAGCUGCAGGAUAGAUCGAAUCGCUCAUAUAUUGGGGACACGGUUUUUUUUUUGGAUUUGUUUCUCACUACUUAUGCCUACACUAUCUUAGUAACAGGAUUUAUCAUUCGCUCGCCUGCGGGAGCAAACGCUUUGCCGCCGGAGCGCUGUAGCGCUGUUUGAAAACCGAAACAACAACACAAAAUGGCUCGUGUAGAGAAGAGGGCGAUGGGUGAGAGUGGAUGGGCGGUAGGACAAUCAGUAUUUGCUCGCUGCCAUUCUGGCUUUAAUUACAUUUUCCUACGGGUGGCCUAACAAACCAG